UAGAGUCUAAAUUGAUUUUAGAGAUGUUCUUGGUGCUGUUUUUGGAUCAAGUGUGGAUGGACGAGUGAGUUUUAGUAUUAAUUUUGGUGUAGAUGAUGUUGAAUGGAUGUUUGCUGGGGGAUGAAUGGUAUUCUGCUAUGAAAAUUGUAGAUUACAGCAAAGAUCCCGGGCAGUAAAUGCAUCAUUCCUUAAAAUUCCACGAAUUCAGUCACAUUCAAAUCCUCAAUUCCUUUAAAAACCCGUUCAAUAAAAUGCAAAAUUGCAAAUAAUUCACAAACAAAAGCGUUAACAACAGCACCAGAUACAACAGAAACAGAA